AUGGAUUCCUACCGUGAAUACGUGACGAAAGUGCUAGCGUCUUGGACCACCUUACGUCUUGCCGAGGAACAUAUGUUUGGGGGACCAAACACACCACAGAAAAUUAGUGACUUUUUGAGGGAUAUUCCGGAAUUGUUAAUCAGAACAAGAUGCAAAGAUGAAGUCUGUAAUAUGCUAGAUAAUUAUCUCAACAGCAAACUUAACGUGCUUUGCGAUGAUGGGAGCCAGUAUGAAGUAUCACGACUGCUUUUUGAAGGCAAAGAAUUGCACAGAAGAGGCCUCGUAGAUGAAUUGGUACGCAAAAUAGAUAGUAUUCCUUCUCCUUGUGACAUCAAGUCUUGUGUGGCUGAUGAGGAGCUGAGUGAAGUAGGAAAUGAUAGUGAUGAAACGGAUUCAUCCAAUGAUAUGAGUCCUAGUGAAUUUGAACCAAACAUCGAUUAA